AUGUCCCGGCGCAGCGUGUGGAACUGGUUCGGGGGGAAGCCGCGGGAGCGGUUUUCUCUCGAGGAGCUGGAGCACCUGUGCGGCGUCCUGGACAAGAACCCUGUGAUAGCAGGGGGCAACAAGGAUGCAGUGCUUGGCGCGCUGCGGUCGGUCGCGGAGCUGGCGGUGUGGGGCGACCAGCACGAGCCGCGGCUGUUCAAGGCGUUCCUGGAGCGCGGCGUGAUGGGGCACUUUCACAGGGUGCUGCGCCACCAGGACAAUCGGGGCGGGGAGGUGGCGCGGCAGGUGCUUGGGAUGCUGAGCGCGAUGAUUCAGAACCUGCGGGACGAGACGUCGGUGUCCCAGCUGUUCGGGGACGAGCGCGUGGGCGACAUCGUGCAGCUGCGGUUCGAUGUGGGCGACGAUGAGGUGCUGGGGUGCUACAUGGCGUUCCUGAAGACCAUCAGCCUGAGGCUGAGCGUCAAGACGGUGGGGUUCUUCUUCAAGGCGGGCGCCGACAAGGCGUCUUUCCCGCUGUACACGGAGGCCACCAAAUUCAUCGCCCACAAAGAGGGCGCGGUGCGGGCGGCCGUCCGCACCCUCACCCUGAACGUCUUCAACGUCCAGGACCCGCUGAUUAGGGACUUCGUUGUGGCGAAGCCCGCCAGCGGCUACUUUACAGAACUGGCGCUGUACGCCACCGAACAGUGUCAGGUGCUCGAUCGCAUGCUCUCCACUGCAGAGAAGGGCGAAAAAUCAUCCAUGAGCGCUUUGGACAGCCAACUAGCGGAAAUUGAAGCUGUGUUGUCCUACUUCAAUGAUAUCUUGUCCACAGGCUCAGACGCAAUGGGGGAGGAGUUUUCGAAGGCGCUGUGGGAGUAUUUUGUAGGUCCUGUCCUGCUUUGGCCCUUGCUGGACAUCCCUGUCCCAAGCAUGCUUGGCAACAGGCCCCAAGACGGUGUGUGCCACCUGAAGUCUUGCUCUGGCGACUUGCGCCAACCUGCAGGAAACAGCGCUGACCCAAAGACUGAUGCCAAAUCUGCUGUUGUGUUCGUGACACCUUGCUUGUAUAGAUUCUUGAGCUGUUGGGUAACUGCACCAAUGUGCAGACCUGCUGCUGUGGCCAGGUAUGGUGCAGGAGUACCUGCUGUGUUUUGA